GGUAAAACUACGGAUUACUUGAGGAGCAUAUUUGGCAUUCCAUACCCGGUGUAAGCUUGGAGGCAAAAAGUGACUUUGCGACGGGUCAGGAGGUUUGGGGUUUAUUCCGUGGUAUUGCCGGGGUGUGUUCCCAGAGUUCUCUUCAUCAUGCCUCUCAUGAUCGAUGGGAAGCUUUACCAUCCCAAGGAGAAUGUUAUGCAGUUGGUUAAGGAUUAUCCUAAGUUUCAGGUUGAAGCAGCCGCUUUCUGCAGCAAACCAUUACGCCAUUGUGAAGCCCUAGACCUUCUCUAUGUGAAUCAGAGAGAAUAUGCUGUCACUAUUCCAAGUGAUAGUGUUGUUAAGGUCCUGGGUUCUGACGAUGCCACUACUUGCCACAUCAUUGUCCUGCGUCACACAGGGAGCGGAGCCACAGCCCUGGCUCACCUGGACGGCCAUGGUAUAGAGGGAGGUAUCAAUAGCAUGCUUGCCUCCAUCACAACACUCAGUACUGGAAGCAGCGACGGCAGGCAAACUAGAACUACACAUCUUUGGGGGCUUCUGUGA